CCUCGCGUAUUGCAUUGCACCACAUGGAUUUCUUCAACAUCAAAGCGCGGCAAGCUGCUGCGGCGCAAGCCAGCUCCUCCAAAGCUCCAACAACGAAACAAGAAUCGAGUCGACUGCAGCCAUGGGUCGAGAAAUACCGGCCAAAAACCCUCUCCGAAGUCACAGCGCAAGACAACACCAUCAACGUCCUCUCCCGCACCCUCCAAUCCGCCAACCUCCCGCACAUGCUCUUCUACGGCCCCCCCGGCACGGGCAAGACGUCCACCAUCCUCGCGCUCGCAAAGCAGCUCUACGGGCCCGAGCUCAUGAAAUCGCGCGUCCUCGAGCUCAACGCCUCCGACGAGCGCGGCAUCUCCAUCGUGCGGCAGAAAGUCAAAGACUUCGCGCGCCAGCAGCUCUCCACCGCCCCGGCCUACAGCGUCAUGAUGGAGGACAAGGACGGCGGCGACGCGGGCGAGGCCAAGAUGGUGCGCUACAGAGAUAAAUACCCCUGUCCGCCGUUCAAGAUCGUCGUGCUGGACGAGGCGGACAGCAUGACGCAGGAUGCGCAGAGCGCGCUGCGGCGCACUAUGGAGACGUACAGCCGCAUGACGCGCUUCUGCCUCGUGUGCAAUUACGUGACGCGCAUUAUUGAUCCGCUGGCGUCGCGGUGCUCGAAGUUUCGGUUCAAGAGCUUGGAUCAGGGGAAUGCGGUGGCAAGGGUGCGGGAUAUUGCCAGGUUGGAGGGGGUAAUGUUGGGCGAGGGCGUUGCCGAGGAGCUGGUGAGGGUGGCGGAGGGCGAUUUGAGGAAGGCCAUUACGUUUUUGCAGAGUGCGGCGAGGCUGGUGGGGGCGGAGGAGAGGAAGAACGGUGCGGCAGGGAGUAGGAAGAAGGGACUGGUGGUUGAGGAUGAGGAUGAUGAGAUGAUGGAUAUCGACACCCCUUCCACCGCGGCCUCGAACGCUGUCUCCCUCCAGGCCAUUGCCGAAAUCGCGGGCGUCAUCCCGGAACCUACCCUCGAAAAGCUCACCGGCGCUAUCUAUCCUUCCUCCGGGUCCUCCAUCCAAUACGCCAAGAUCGCUAAAGUGGUCGAGGACAUGAUAGCAGAGGGGUGGAGCGCUGCGCAGACGGUGGGCCAGCUGUAUGAGAUGGUCAUGUACGAUGAGCGCGUGGGCGAUGUGCAGAAGAUGAGGAUUGCGGACGUGUUCAGCGAGACGGAUAAGAGGCUCGUUGAUGGCGGGGAUGAACACUUAGCCGUGCUGGAUUUGGGUUUGAGGAUAAGCGGGGUGCUGUGUCAGGGGUGAUAAGACGGGUGUUUGUUUACGAAGGGCACGGGAUAUACGAUGGCACUGCGGGCGUCUAUGGCGCUGGGAAUGAGAGAUUGCUAUAGGGCUGGAGCAUGCUGGGAUUACAGCAAUGUAGUUACGAAUUCCCAAGCACGCUGUAACGAACCAGGCACGAUGUCUGGUCGUCGAAUACC